AUGCCCUCCUUUUUCGCCGCAAUCACCUCCCUGCUUGUCUUCAUAAACCUUACAUCCGCCGCGCACGCUGGCUUCCACGUCCAGUUCCCAUGGAUGACCCGCGUUCCAAGCCCCAAGACCCGGCCAGAGAUAGAUAGGUACAACCCUUUCUGCGGGGAGAUAGUGCAUAACCCUCAACGAUACUCCCGUCACUCUCGCAGUUUCCUCGCGUUCUCUGGCCAUCCUAGGGACCUUGUGACUGCCCUCUACAGCCGACAUAGAGUGCCAAGGAAGAGAGAAGAUUUCCCCUACAUCAUCCUGAAGGAUGUGCCCAUCCAGCCUUCGGGGCAGCUGUGUGUGAAUGUCACGAUACCAUUUCAGAUCGAGGUCGACGAGAUGGGAGUCAUAUACUUCGAGGCGAGGGAUCCCAAGACAGGGAAUGUGGAACACUAUGUCAGUUUCUCCGGCUUGCAAAUUGUAGAGCUGAUGCUGAUGCAAAUAUGGUGCUCCGACGUCAAGAUGGCUGAAAUGAAGGCUCUUCCGGAGGACCAUCCGGCUAUGUGUGCGGCUAACAACGAGACACUUAUCCCGAUGCCGGAUGAGUACCUGUAG